UUCUGAUUUCUUUUUCAGGCCUGAUGGAAUUGGAACUGUUUCCAUGGAAGAAAAAGAGAGAUUUGAGGAGAUAAAAGAGAGACUUUCUUCUCUUUUAGAAAAUCAGAUAAGCCACUUCAGAUACUGUUUUCCCUUUGGACGACCUGAAGGUGCUCUAAAAGCUACACUUUCAUUACUUGAAAGAGUUUUAAUGAAAGAUAUUGCCACUCCUAUACCAGCAGAAGAGGUGAAGAAAGUGGUCAGAAAAUGUCUGGAGAAAGCUGCCUUGAUCAAUUACACUAGACUCACAGAAUAUGCCAAAAUAGAAGGCCCAGCAGAAAAGGAAACAGAGACCAUGAACCAGGCAACUCCUGCCAGGAAGCUAGAAGAGGUUCUUCAUCUGGCAGAGCUCUGCAUAGAAGUCUUACAGCAGAAUGAAGAACAUCAUGCAGAGGGAAGAGAGGCAUUUGCCUGGUGGCCUGACUUACUGGCUGAGCAUGCAGAGAAAUUUUGGGCUUUAUUCACAGUAGAUAUGGACACGGCACUGGAGGCUCAACCACAGGACUCCUGGGAUAGUUUUCCUCUUUUCCAGCUGCUUAACAAUUUCCUGAGAAAUGACACACUUUUAUGUAAUGGAAAAUUUCACAAACACUUGCAAGAGAUCUUUGUGCCCAUGGUUGUCCGAUACGUCGACCUCAUGGAAUCUUCCAUCGCCCAGUCAAUUCACAGAGGUUUCGAACAAGAGACAUGGCAGCCUGUCAACAAUGGCUCAGCAACAUCAGAAGACCUAUUUUGGAAACUUGAUGCACUACAAAUGUUUGUCUUCGAUCUACAUUGGCCAGAACAAGAAUUUGCCCACCACUUAGAGCAAAGACUUAAACUAAUGGCCAGUGAUAUGAUAGAGGCCUGUGUCAAAAGAACACGAAGUGCAUUUGAACUCAAGCUGCAAAAGGCAAGCAAAACAACUGACUUGCGCAUUCCAGCUUCCGUGUGUACGAUGUUUAAUGUACUAGUGGAUGCCAAAAAACAAACCACUAAGCUCUGUGCUCUGGAUGCAGGACAGGAGUUUGGUAGUCAAUGGCAACAGUACCAUUCAAAAAUAGAUGAUUUGAUUGACAACACUGUAAAAGAAAUCAUUUCACUGCUAGUUUCAAAGUUUGUUUCAGUGUUGGAAGGGGUGUUGUCUAAGCUGUCAAGGUAUGAUGAAGGCUCUUUCUUCUCAUCCAUUCUGUCAUUCACUGUAAAAGCAGCUGCAAAAUAUGUUGAUGUUCCUAAACCAGGAAUGGAUCUGGCAGACACCUAUAUUAUGUUUGUUCGGCAAAACCAGGAUAUUCUUCGAGAAAAGGUCAAUGAAGAAAUGUAUAUAGAAAAGUUGUUUGAUCAAUGGUACAGCAAUUCCAUGAAAGUCAUUUGCGUGUGGUUGGCUGAUAGACUAGAUCUCCAGCUUCAUAUUUACCAACUGAAGACGCUCAUCAAGAUUGUGAAGAAAACUUAUAGGGACUUCCGAUUGCAAGGUGUGUUGGAAGGAACACUGAACAGUAAGACAUAUGAUACUCUGCACAGACGUUUAACAGUAGAGGAGACCGCAGCCUCUGUUUCAGAAGGAGGAGGGCUGCAGGGCCUUACUAUGAGGGACAGUGAUGAAGAAGAAGAAGGCUGAUGAUACACAGCUCUGGAGAGGAAGGAGGACUUUGACAUUGUUUUUGUGCACCUUGUCCUUGUAAUUACAUUUACUAUUUUGGCCAAAUAAAAAUGCUUGUAUUUCUUUAGGAAGUAAACUAGGAGGUACAAUUAAAGGGCAAAAUGCCAAAUAUUUUUUGAAAGAUCAUCUGCUUUCGUGUAGAUUGACCUAAAAUGAGCUUUGGCUCUGUUUGUCAUUAGAACAUGAACUUUCCUUCUGUUCUUUCUUACUUUUUUUUUUUAGCAGAUUUGACUUUUGUUUUUCCCUGUAGUCACACCAAAUAAUGUACUGUGUGUAAAAUGAGAUAUGUAUUUCCCACAAUGCCACACUGUGAGAAGACGCCACUUCUGAUCACUGCACUAACUCUACUGUAUCUUUGUUAAAAUGGUGUGUACCUUACGGUUUAUAACUCAUGCCAAGGUUUGUUUUAUAGUUAAUUUCCCAGUGCUGUGAUGUGUCUAAAAAUUUAACCUUGGUUUUUAUUACUCUGAAUUGGAUUGCAGGUGUAAUUCUGGGCUUCAAGGACUGCUAAAUCCAAAUGUAGACUAGAUUAUCCAAUGGGCUUGUGUCCUGUUCCAUUCUGAACAUUUCUUUCAAGUGUAAGAAAUCCUAAAGUGUGCUUCCAUCAACAUACCAUAUUC